AUGGCGAAACUCGAUACCGAGAUGUGGAUUUGGUAUUCCAUAACGCUCGUCGUGGUCAUUUUCAGAAUGUAUGUUCACGUCAAGCUCGAGGAUGAUCAGAUCACGUAUACCGCCCUCCUCGCAGUCGUCAGCGUCCUCGGUCACACACCAACCAAUCUGAUCGACCCAGCCCUUAACAUAAAACUCACACCCGAGGACAUCAAACUGCGCGAAUACGGAUCGAAAUUGGUUCUAGUCACCGAACACAUGCAGAUGAUUACCCUCUGGGGUGUCAAGGGAUGUUUGCUUUUCAUGUACAGUCGACUUACGCUGAGUUUGAAACAAAACUUCUUGGUCAAGAUUGUUGCUGGAUAUGUCAUCGUCGGAUUUGUGGUGAUGCAGAUCUUGUGGUUUGCUGCUUGGUGCCGACCUUUCAACCACUACUGGCAGGUUCCUCCAGAUGACUGUAAGUAUCCGACGAAAGAUGUAGAGGAUGGGACUAACAUGAGUACAGUGAACUGCUCAGCCGAAACGAAUCAUAUGAUUACCAACGCUGUUGUCAACAUCUCCUCCGAUGUCAUGAUCAUCAUCCUUCCAAUGCCAGUCUUUUUGCAGUCUCAACUACCACUAAAGCGAAAGGUCAUCCUCUGCGGUGUCUUCGCCUUGGGUAUCUUCACUAUCCUGGCAGCUACCAUGUCCAAAAUCUACAGUCUCGGUGACCCUUACGGUAUAGAUUGGUCAUACUGGUACAUCCGCGAAGUUUCAACUGCUGUUAUAGCAGCCAAUCUACCUCUCACAUGGACUCUUCUCCAACGCGUCUUCCGACUCGGAUCAUUCAGUGCACGCUACGGCAAGUCAUCCAACCAGCGCACCGGAGAAGGCGGAACAUCUCGGUUCCGAUCUACAUACGGAAACCUCAGCAGCAUGGAUCGAAGACCCAAGCGACCUACCUACGUCGAGCCCGGUAUGAGCUUGAACGAUAGCCAAGAGGAGAUCAAUGGAAAUGGGAUCCCUUUGAAGAUUUAUCAGAAGAAUGAGGUUACGAUUAAUAUCACCACUGAGGAGGUCAAGGAUAAGGACGAUCAGAGGACGUCUUCACCGCCGGGGGGACGACCGGAGUUUUUAAGAGAGACUGUUUCACAUAGUAGCUUGGAAGGAGACAAGACGCCAAAUGAUAUGGAGCUUGGAAUUGUUACAAAGGUUUAUCAUGGAGUUUAA